AGAGGUUAUUGUAUUUAUACGUGGCCAUUCUAUUCAACCGGUUGUCAUAGAUGAUUGUUGUUUUUCUGUUGAAUGGCUAUCUGUCUUUGUUAUUACCGAUUAAUAUUUUAUAAUAUACUCAUUAUCGAUUUAUCUUAUACAUGUUUUAAAAUAAAUUCAAUUUUUUUCACUGGAAUAUAAUUAUAUAAUUUCUGAAAUGUUUAUUCCAAUGUAGGAUGAUUAUGGAUAUGCAAAUAGGAGUUCUGUGUGGUGUAUUUUCAAUCAUAGCUUCUGUAAUUGUAUAUGCUGUUUUAUCUUUUUAUUCAAUUAAGGAAGACUCCUUUGAUGAAGCUAGAGCUAAUCGUCGAAAACUAAUUAAAGAAUAUAUGGAUCAGUCUCGUAGCAAUUUUGACAAAACUAAGCAAAAGAAAACAAAAAAGAAUAUUAAAAAGAUUAAAGAUAAGAAACCAGAUGUGCUUGAUGAAGAUUUAGAAGAACAGAAAGAAAAUGACAGUCAUGACUCAUUAAAAGAGCAACCUAAAGAAAUUGCACAAAAUAAAAAGAUUGAACAACCAAAUAUGAUGAAAAAUAUAAUAAAACCCAAAAUCUUGAAUACAGUGGAAAAGGAAGCUGAGAACUCCAUAUCAAAUGUUCUGAAUGAAACAAACCUCAAGAAAAUAACUGAUAAGAAAUCAAAGGUAAAAUUAUUGGAAAAAAUAUCUGAACCAGAAAUUUCUGUUGAACCAAUUUCAAAAGAUAAUGAAAAAAAAAUUAAAAUUGAAGCAAAAGUCGAAAAGAAAAAGCAAACAGAUAUUUCAAGUGUCCGGAAGGCAGUAAAUCGCACAGCUAGUAUUGAGAAGCAAGUCAUAAAUGUUAAUUCUGUUCUGGCUGUAAUUCGUAAAGCUGAACUUUCUCGUUCAGAAAUUCAGCUUCUUAUUGAUACUUUGCUAAACUCGUAUGAAGAUGAAACAUCUGAUUGGUUGAAAGUAAAAAAGCUGGAUUCAGGGCGCCAGGAUUCUACUGCCAAAUUAAAAAAACAGUUGCUGGAGUUGGAAACAUCUUUAAAAAAUGAAAAGCAAAUUACAUUAAGCUUGCAAGGAAAACUUAAGGAAUUGAGGACUGACAUGGCUUCAGACAAAAGCAAUGUUUCUUUACUAAAAGAAACUAUGAACAGAAUGCAACAAGAAAAGGAUGACCUAAUUAAUGAGAAAAGUGAUCUUUCUUCUAAAUUGAAAACAAUGGCAGUCGAAAAAGAAGAGUUGCAAGAACAACUUAGCCAAGAAAAUGUUAAAGUUAAACAGCUGCAAAAACAAGAUGAUGAUCGUCAUAAUGAAGCUAUUGCAGUUUUAAAGAGUCAAAUUAACUCUUUAAAUAACCAGUUAGAAUGUUCUGAAAAGGAUAGCAUUACUCUCAAGUCAAAUGUUGAAGUUUUAGAAGAAGAAUUGAAGUAUCAUAAGAAUUGUCAAUCAAGAAUAAAUGAUUUUGAACAGACUGUAGACAUGAUGAAUGCAAAGAUUAAAGCGUAUGAGCAUGAGUUAAAAGACACCAAACAACGCAUAAUUUCUUUAAAUGCAGUUGUAGAAGAGUUAAAAUCUGAAAACCAAGCGUUAAAUACUGAAAGAGAACAGCUCACUGGUCAGGUAUCAUUAUACUGUGUUGAAAUUCAAAAGUUAAAAGAAGAAAUUGAUACUAAAAAUAUGAAAUUAGCUGAAGUUCUAAAUGUUCAAAAGAAUGGAGAUGUAUCUGAAAGCUACGACAACCAACAUGAUUCUUUACAAUGUGAUUAUCUGUUAAAGGAAAAGGAAGCUUUAUUAAAACAUUUGAAUGUAGAAUUAGAUAAAAAAACAGAUUCUCUAGAUGAACUCAGCCAGGAAUUAACAAAAGUUAAUAAUGAAAACAAGAAACUUUCUUCAUAUAUAGAAGAAACAUUAAAACAAAAUACUACCUUAAAAGCAAAUCAGAUUAGUGAACUUGAAGAAACAAUUAGUCAAUUAAAAAAGAAUAUCUGUGAAAAAAAUAGUGAACUAUUAUCAUUAAAUGUUGACAUAGACAAAUACAAACAAAGGAAUAAUGAACUACGAAAUAAAAAUUGGAAACUAGUUGAAGCUCUUAAAGAAAGAGAAAAAUUAUUAGAGAAUAAAUUGAAGACUGAAGAAACUUUACAGAAUAAACUGAGUUUCGAAGAAGUGGAGAAUGGAGCGCAUUGCCACAAAGUUGUUGAUGAAAUUAAGAAUAAUGUAAAUAAGUUUGUUCACCGUUUAUUUCCAAAUCUUGAGAUACAAGAACAUAGACAUAGGAAAGUGGCGACCCCAUCAGCCAGCCGUCAUGCUGUAAUCAGCCAUUGGUCCUAGGUUAGGGGAGCACCUACACAGUACACAGUACUCUAGAUAAUGGUCAUGAUCAGUACACACCCAGGGGUCACCUUUUCUUGGUAUCUCCCCCAGAUGGGAGAGCAGGUCUGGAUGCUCAAAGCAGUCCCUUCACCUGACUCAGGGGCAGUUGGCCGAUAAUCCACAGCCCUCAAACAAACAAUAUUAUGAAACCUCCUACAAGCUUCAGAACUAUACAGAUAUAUGGUAAAUUUAUUGUUAACAAGAAACAGUCUAAGAAUUUUCUAAUAGGAAGAUAGAAUGUAUGCAGCCUAAUAAAGGUGGGUAAGAGUUAAACACUGGAGGAUUGUCUUGGAUAAGUAAAAUAUGGAUAUAGUAGUAGCAUUGUAGGAGAUAAGGUGAAAGAAGACUAGUAGUAGAAUUCAACCAUUAUAUUCUUUUCUAUAGUGGACAUGACGCCAAUAUUUUUUGAAUAGUAUUUAUGGUAAAAAAGAAAAUCAUUGACUGGAUAGAUAAAUGAGAGGAUUUGAACAUUGAGAUUAAAUAUGAAAUUCUUUAAUAUCUCCCUGAAAAGUGUCCUGAGACUAAACAAACCAGAGGAAGACAAAGAAAAGUUCUACGACAUACUGGAAAGAACUUUUGAACAAAUUCCUAUGUAUUUUGCUAAAAUAGUGUUAGAAGAUUUAAACAGCAAGAUUGUGAAAAAGCUUAGCCUAGAACAAUCAGUGGCACUUGGCACUCACCUGACAUAAUCUUUUUUUCCCUUUUGUGUCACUGUAUUUUGUUAAAGUACAAAUAUUUCAAUAAAUGCAUUAUUAUGGCGUCCAUUUGGGCUUGAAAUUAAUAUAUUUUUACUUUCGUUUACCUAUAUAUGAGAUGAUAUGUUUUAUUUCUCUUAAAAAGCUCAUUUUAUUACUGAAGUGUCAUUUUUAGAACAAGUUCUUUUUUUCUCACUAAAAGCGAUGGCCCACAGGACUUAGUGAAGGUAUCAAUACGGCCAGUGGGUCUCAAUGUGGUACGUGGGCCAAAAACUUUUGGAGACCCCUUCUCUAAAGUACCUUUGAUUUUGUUUAUUUGAAGUAAUUAAUAAGUAUUUUAUUAAUUAAAUUUAAUAUAAAUAUAGUUAAAUAUUAACUAUGAAACAAUUUGAUAAUUAACUGAAGAAGAAAUAAGAGAUCGUAGUAGAGGACCAAAGAAACCCGAGAUUGGUUGAAAGGCUAGAACAUAGAACAGGCUUCCAUAGG